CAAAAAAUGGAAAACAAAUACUUAUAUCUUCUUACAUUCCUAACCCUAGCAACACUUUCUCAUCACUCCCAUGCUCAAAACUCAAACCAAGACUUUCUGAAUGCACACAACACGGCUCGCUCUCAAGUCGGUGUGGGCCCGAUGGUAUGGGAUGCUGUAGUGGCUCAAUAUGCACUGAACUACACCAACUCGAGGAUCGGAGAUUGCGGUCUUGUGCACUCCGGUGGCCCCUAUGGUGAAAACCUAGCUAAAGGCAGUGGCUCAUUCACAGGUACGGCUGCGGUUAACUUGUGGGUGGCUGAGAAGGCUGAUUAUAAUUACGCGACGAAUACGUGUGCCAGCGGGAAGGUGUGUGGGCACUAUACUCAGGUGGUGUGGAGGAACUCGGUGAGGCUGGGGUGUGCUAGGGUUUUGUGUAGCAAUGGGGUGUGGUGGUUCAUUACUUGUAGCUAUGAUCCCCCAGGUAACUACAUUGGGCAAAAGCCUUACUAGGGGAGUUUGCAGCUUUACUCGCGCGUGUGGUGAAAAUAUUGCGCGAGAUGAAAAUUAACAAUAAUUUGAAUAAAUUGCUUUCGGUGAAUGAAGCAAUAUUUGUUACAAUAACGUGGAGAGUAUCAUUUGGUUAUUGAUCAUUAGCUAGUAACCAGACGUCCGAUCCGUUGUACUAUUGUGGUGUAAUAUACUUGUAUGAAGCAUGACAAAUAAGUUGAAUUACGUCAAACCAAUGCUUAAUUUUAAAUGCUGUUUUUUUUCUUUAU